GUGUUAGGUGUGUGUGUUAGGUGUGUGUGAGUGUUAGUGUGAGUGGUCAGUAAUGGCGUCCAACUCCACCACCCAGUUCUUUGCUCUGUCCCAGUCCUUCAGUAUCUCUGACAUCAUCAUCAUCGCUGCUUACUUCCUGCUCAACGUAGCCGUCGGCAUCUGGGCCACCUAUGUGUUGCUGGCAUUGGCUUGGGUGUUUGUCCCUGUCUAUGUGUCUUCAGGGAUCGUGACCAUGCCGGAGUACCUGGGUCGUCGGUUCGGAGGGGAGAGGAUCAGAACCUACCUGUCUGUUCUCUCUCUGAUGCUGUCUGUCUUCACCAAGAUAUCAACAGACCUGUACUCAGGGGCGUUGUUUGUCCAGGUGUGUUUAGGAUGGAACCUGUACCUGUCUACCGUCCUCAUGCUGGUGGUCACUGCACUCUACACUAUAGCAGGUGGUCUGGCUGCUGUCAUCUAUACAGACACUCUGCAGACCUUCGUCAUGAUUAUAGGAGCAAUCAUCCUCACCAUCACAGCGUUCAACAAGAUUGGAGGCUACAGUAACUUGGAGAGAGUUUACCAGGCAGCCAUCCCUUCUAAGAUCAUUCCCAACAGUAGCUGUCACCUGCCCAGAGAGGACGCCAUGCACCUGUUUAGACACCCGGUUACUGGAGACCUGCCCUGGCCUGGCAUGACCCUGGGACUGACUAUACUGGCUACCUGGUACUGGUGUACUGACCAGGUCAUCGUUCAGAGGUCCCUGUCAGCUAAGAACCUGUCUCAUGCCAAAGGAGCUUCUAUCCUGGCGUCCUACCUCAAGAUGUUACCCUUCAUAUUCAUCAUACUUCCAGGCAUGAUCAGCAGAGCUCUGUACCCAGGUAACACCCAGCCCUCUGAGCUCUGAACCCAGGUAACACCCAGCCCCCUGUACCCAGGUAACACCCAGCCCCCUGUACCCAGGUAACACCCAGCCCACUGUACCCAGGUAACACCUAGCCCUCUGAGCUCUGUACCCAGGUAACACCCAGCCCUCUGUACCCAGGUAACACCCAGCCCUCUGUACCCAGGUAACACCCAGCCCUCUGUACCCAGGUAACAGCCCUCUGAGCUCUGUACCCAGGUAACA